AUGAAAAAGCAGUAUUAACUCUCAAUGUGGGAGGUUUAGAAAAGGUGUUUUGUGAAAGAGAGUAGUGAGUGAAACGGAAAAGGUGGUGGAGCGAUAAAAAAGAAUAAAGAGAGUGAAGAGGGGAGAACACAGAAGAAGAGGUGGAUGAUCAGAAUCAGACUAGAUAGCAUAUAGGAUAGUUCGUGAGAAGAUGAUCCCCUCCACGUGUGGGCGGAGCGUACAGGUAACGUGCACACGUGAAACACCGAUGCCAUGUGUGCAACCCUGUGUUAGUAUUUCGAAGAAAAACCGUGCAGGUAAGGGAACAGACCACUCGUCUAACCGGGGUCAGUCAGGGUCCUGCUCUUCGUUGGGACGCUCGUUCCUUCCAUCAGAGAACUGGCCCCAGAGAAGUCGAUUCCUUAAGUCACUCCAACAGUUUUCUUUUUUUUCUUUCAAACAAAUAUUUACACCUCAAUUUCCUAUCAUCAUCAUCAUCAUCAACGAACAUUCUUAUUCAUCAACGAUACUUGUUUAUCAUUUCUUUCUCUUUUUAAUUCUUGAGAAAGAAAAAUCGAUAUUUUUUGACUUUGGAUAUUACAAGUGCCGAGGAAAGUUCGAUUAGUGUUAUUACGUAAGCGAACAAAAAAUAGAAGAAGAAAAUUAAUACACAUGCUUUAUAAUAAGUAGUCUUAUACAAGAAGUGUCAAAAAAGUAAAACCGACUGUGAGUUUUGUUAUCAAGUUUUGUAUGUUCAAGUUCAAGUUAGUGGUGUACACGCAAGAAGACACUUGACAUUUGUGGAUUAGUUUUUAAUUUUGUUUCCUGGAAUGAUCCAGAGGAAGAGAUUUUAAACCCAACGAGAAAAUCUAUGCGAAACGAGAUGUGUGAGACAGUGUCGAGAUCCUGGUACAUAAAACCAGAAUUGCACUGCAAUCCGGUGGGUGUUCCAGCGGGAGCAUUGUCGCCGCCAGCGACACUCUCGCCACCCAACAGUCCCAGUGUUUUACCACCUUCACCCUGGAGUCCAGGUGGCAUUGGUAGCAGUAGUUCGAGCAGUACCAUCUCAAAUCCAUCCACCUUGAGUCAACCAGCCCAAGAUCGACUCAGCGCGUUCACCAUUGUUUCCGGAUACAAUCCGGAACUACAACGUUUUCCCACUCUACCCGUUUCCUCGCAAGCUGCCUCACGAGAAAUGCGUUGCGGUUUAAUGUAUGGGGGAUAUGCGGCGAGUACUGCAUGGUGGGCCCACCAUGCUGUAGGCCUUCUGUUACCUCAUUCCCUCAUUCCUCCAAGAAUCCCCUCUCAACAGACGAACAUCACCAGUUCACCGGUUCAUCCUGAGCCUCUGAGUCCUGCGAGGGCCACAUCACCCCGUAGAUGUACACCAGAAAAAGCGAAAUUCGAUGAGGAAGCACCGUUAAAUUUGAGCACAAAACCCAGUGAUGUUUCUUCAACGAAUAGUCGGAAGAGCGAAAUCUGGUCACCUGGCUCCGUCUGCGAAAGAGAAGCAAGAGAGACGAGGGUACCCUCUGAUCAACAUUCCCCUUCGGCAACGACGCCGGUAAUCACUAGACAAAUUCACCACUCCCCCCUCACACCACCCUCGUCAUCCGAGAGAACCUUUCAGUGUAAACAGUGCGGAAAGGCUUUUAAGAGAUCUAGCACAUUAAGCACACAUUUAUUAAUUCAUUCCGACACGAGACCAUAUCCUUGCGACUAUUGUGGCAAAAGAUUUCAUCAAAAGUCCGAUAUGAAGAAACACACCUACAUUCACACUGGUGAGAAACCGCACAAGUGUGUAGUGUGCGGAAAGGCGUUUUCCCAAAGUAGCAAUUUGAUAACUCACAUGAGAAAGCACACGGGAUAUAAGCCUUUCCAAUGUGGUCUUUGUGACAAGGCUUUCCAAAGAAAGGUCGACCUUCGAAGACAUCGCGAGGGUCAACAUCCGGCUGCACCUGCUCUCGAUUAUCGAUCUCUGCAGGUACCAACCCCCAUUAGACAAUCGCCCCUUCCCCCUCACCUUAUCACAUGAAUUGCAAUUUCAAAUUGUUAAAAAGAAAUGAAAAAAAAAAUUUAUGUCAAAAAUAUUUUCAAAAUAAUAUAUCUCAAAUUGUGUAUAUUUUCAAAGUCAUUUAUAUAUGUAUAUAUAUAAAAAUAUAUACAUACAUGUAAGAAAAAGCUUAACGUUCAAGCUUUUUCAAAUUUGAAAAAAAAAACAUUUUUUAGGGAUUUGCGACACAGUAAAAGAAAAUAUAUAUUUUUCGACUCGCAACAAAAUUUCUCGCAUUAAUAAUAUUGAAUUUGAUGAAACUCAGCAGGCUUAGAAAUUACGGAAAUUAAAAAAUUUUUAAUUUAAAUUGACUUCAAUAAGUCAAAUAAUUCAUUAAUAUAAGUUAUUAAUAGUAAUAUUUAUAUUAAUAUAAUAUCGAAUUAUAAUUCGAUUUCAUUAAAAAUAAGAUCUCGAAAUUAAUUUGAAACUUUAAGCAAUUGAUGAUUGACUACUUAAUAAUCAUGAGUGAAUUCAUAUAUUUUAAUUACAUUCAGUUUUAAGAACGGGAAAUUAAAAAAUAAAAAUCCAUUUGUUAAAACACUCGUUCAUGAAUCGCGGGCAAUAACUUCAUUAUAAUUUUUCUUUUAACUUUCUUAAUAUGUGUUAGUGUGCGUGUGUGCGAAUUUAGCACAACAAUUAAUGUAUGCUAAUUACCGUUUGAGUGUUGAGCACGCGGCGAAUCAAAAUUUCACAUGCAUAACAUUCAUUUUCAACACACGAUUGCAAUAAAGGUCUGAUGGAUUAUUUUAUAUGAAAACGCAUUUGAUGAUUGAUCACCUGCAGCAACUCAUCGUCACAUCAAGAUUGCCUCGAUGAUUCAAAACGAGAUUUCAUCUUUUCACGCUACACGUCAAAUAUUCAUUUUUUAUUGAGUAGAUGUUCAAGUUAUUUAUUUAGCUCUUAAAGCGAUUCUCUAUAAUUAUUCCCUUCUUUUCAUUUAAUUCGGUCAGAAAAAAUAUUUCGUUUGUUUUAAUAUAAAUAUUUUAUUUAACUAACCAAACAUUUAGGUAAAGUAACCAAUUAUUUGGCGAAACGAAAUAUUUAGUUGAACUAAAAUAUUUGUCUAGAAAAACAAAAUGUAUUUUUUUAAAUAUUUGACUGUAAUUAAAUAAAUUUAAUGACUAAUUUAGUAAAAUGAGUUUUUUUUAUUUUUCAAUUCCUUUUUUUGCAUUAUAGAAGAAUUCUUGAUUGAUUAAAAGGUAGCUUUGCAUGUGCAAUCGUCUGUUAUAUAUCAAAAGGUAUAGAAAUGUCUAUAAGUGCACCUGUUGAAAGUAACCUGUACUUACAAGCUUCACUCACAAAAGAUCUCUGUAAUGCAAAAUAUAUAUAUCAAAAUUUUCAAGGUCUGCUGGGUUGUUAUAAAGUAAUUUAAAAGUGAGAAAGAAAAGAAAGAGAGAGAAAAUUGAAAAAAAAGAGAAAAAAAAUAUUGAAUUAGACAAACGGAAAUGUGUCCGUAAUUGAAAAAU